CCGCGUUCACGGCUGACUAAUCAGAAGUCUCAAUUCUAAGCGCCGCCAUUCACGCCUCAACAAGCGGCUUUUCUGUUCAGUUCGUUAAUAAGUCAAUGUUCUUAGCGAGUUCAACUCCGGAAAAUAAUGUGAAAGUUCUCACAACAUGUCGAGGAGAUUCCUGCUGGGUUUUGACAUGUUUCAGCGGCAGCAGCAGCAGCCUCACAGAGACAGUGUGCCAAUGGGUCAGAUAGCGUUAGCUUUACUUUAGCUAGUUAGUUAGCCUGGGGUUCAGGUCUGUAGGUGAUUAGUGAUGCACUGGGAAAGAUAAACGUCAUCAUUUAUAUUCUUUUUUUUUUUUAUUUUAUUUCACGCACACCUGUAUCUCAGCUACCUCAGUCUGAUUGCCCAAAGGUCCAUGCCAACAUGGAUUUUCCUCCAAGCAAACGACAUAGAGGAUCACACAAUGAAGAUCCAGCUGGGACAGAUGUUUUCGGGGAUGAAGAAGACUUCACGCAGGACGACUUGGAGGAAAUUGACAUCAUCGCGUCACAGGCCUUCACAAAAGACGCUCAAGCCACAAGCAGCAAGAGAAGUUUUGCUUCCAUUUCUGUUUAUCCAGAGCAGAACAAAGAACCUAAAAAAGAGGGCAGGAAAACCUUUGCCAUUGAAAACAGCCAUCCAAGCAGCAGCCCAUAUAACAACAUGGAACCUAAAGGAAAUUAUACAGCUGACUUUGAAGGAAAUGCCCAAAACAGAGAUGAACUGUAUUACAGCCACCUGGAAGCACAACAAGCCGAGCUAAAGAGAAAGCUGAAGGAGGUCGAGGAACAGAUCCUGAUGAAGAACGGCGAGAUCCGGGUUCUGCGAGACUCCCUUAGGCUGGCCAAUCAGGAGAAGGAGCAGCAGAAACAGGCUUAUCUCGAGCUGGAGAAAGAAAAAGUUCAUAUCCAGAGUGAAAAAGAGAAGGAGCUUUCUAAAAAGUUUGAGUCCCUGAAGUCUGAGUUGCACUUUAAGCAAGCUGAAAUGAAUGAAAUGAGGAAUAAACUGCAGAGCUCUGAGCGUGGUGCGAAGAUAGUUGGAACCCCUGUAAGAAACAGUGGGAAUUCUCCAGGAAGUCGGGCGUUUGUAACUAAGGAGUCCUUCUCAGCCGAGUUACCUGUAAAACCAUCAGUAGCCAAAAGCCAGCAUGUAGAGGGUGAGAAACAAAUCCAUGGAAAAAGUGAUGAGGAGCAUGUGAGCCCAGCAACCCGGGAUACAGAUGAGCUUCAUUACAAAGGUCCUGUAUUAUUAAAUCUGCUGCUUCAGCACCCUUUGGAGCCGAGCUCUUUAGGCCUUUGUCACUUGCUGUGCAUCAGUCCAGAUGCUCUUCCUGCCAUAUUCACACAGUUAGACUACACUAGUCCCACUUCUUCUGUCGGUUCCAGCACUUCCUCCACAGAUACCCGGCUGCUCCAUCAGCCCCGAGUGUACUUCCAUCAGUAUCAGAGUCAGGCUAUGUCGGGACUGGCCAGGCUUACGCACUGUCCUUCCACUCAGCUCUUCAGAAAGUCAUGUCCUUCUGCUGUCCAUCUGCUUCCUUUACUUCACUACCACAUCAGCCUUUAUUGCCAGACCCUUGAGACCAUUGACAGAUCAGGAAAGAGCCCUCUUCAAGCAGCAGCGCUAUCGGGAGGCUCAGACAGCAGCUCUGCUUCCACAGUUGAGGAGUCUUUAGGUGCCCAGGAGGAAUUUGCCUUAGCAGCUAUGAAAGCUCUUUAUCACAUUGUGUGUGAAAGCGGUGAAGCUGUAAAUUCUGUUCUGAGUGAUCAGGGGGGAAAGGAUUCAGAAAAGUCCAGUGGAAACCGAUGCAGUCAACCUCAGAGUGCAGGUCACAGCAGCACUGCAGACAAAGCCUGUAAUGAGCUGCAAUCUCACAGUCUUCUGCUCCAGAAGCUCUUCCAGUUGGUGGAUUUGAAGUUUGUUAGUAACGCGUGUCGCAGAGAAGCUGUGGUGAACUGCAGUCUCAGGAUUCUGUGUGCGCUGGCUGAGAGAGCCGAGGAGAGCCAGCUGUGGAGAUUUCAGGUGGUGUUGGCAAGUCAAGCUGUUACCCAAAAUGUAUCUUUGGAAUCACCAUACAGUACCGUUUGUCUCUUUGUGAGAUUUCUGGCACUUCUGGUGGAUUGUGACAAAAUAGCACACAAGCUUUGCUCUCAUAACUAUGUUUGUCCAUUCGUACAGUUUUUCCUGUAUGUGACUUCCAGACCGAAUAAAGUUGUUACAGAAGACAUGUGGUCACGUUUGGAAGUUGAGGUUGUCCGAUUGUUGUCAAAACUGUUCACGCAGAAAACGUCGACGUGGACUGCUUUCAGUGCAGAAUGUAACUGUCCAUGCAGCAGUGAGGUGGUCCGGACCGUAGUAGUGGUGUUACACAGACAAUGGUUAAGUAUAAAAAAUCAGGAGAAGCAUGUGGGCGGUGUUCAGACCUGGACGAGUGCAGGUGUUCACUCACUGAGGGAGACUCUUAUGUUAUUGCACUGGCUUCUCCUGAAUGACUCGUCUUUCUCCAUGCACUGCCUGGAUGUGUUGCAUAUGUACCACCAGAUCAUCCCUGCCAUCAGAGACACACUGCGUAGGAUCCCGGACCUCUCAGAGUGUGAAGAACUGGCUAUAGAAGAUCUUUGUCGACCAGAAGCUGAGGAAGUAGAAGAUAUGGACAUUGACACAGCUUCUUGACCAGAAGUGAAGAUGAAGAAAAUGACAAUAAACAGCAUGUUUCUA